AUGCUUCUGACUAGACCGCGUUCUUAUGUCGCUCGAAUUCCUUUGCUCUCGUCUCAUCCACCCGCCUUCCCGCUCCCUCUCUCUCCCGAGGGAACGUCGACGUGUUCAGUUCGUGCAAGCGACUCGGAGCGGAGAUCCUGCGACCCAUUGCUUUUGAGUCGACUCAAAAGCCGACCCAUUCCCUACCCGUUUCGCGCCAGCUGUCGCACUGACCCGUCUCCUGCCACUCCGUUUCCCCUGUUCUCCGCUCUCUCCAUUUCUUCCGUGCUCUCGUCCCAUCCCAAUCCCCCUCGCUGUCAGGUCGAACGAGUUCAGACGGCAACGGGCGUCGUGCAGGUGACGGUGUGCGGCAAUCGCGGCAACCCGCCUCUUAUCACCUAUCACGACGUCGGGCUCAAUCACUCCACGUGCUUUCAAGGGCUCAUGCUCUGCGCGGACACUUCCGUGCUGCUUCUACGAAACUUCUGCAUAUUCCACGUCGACGCGCCGGGGCACGAGGAGGACGCGGAGGAGAUCCCCUCAUCACAGCCGCUGCUGUGCGCGGACGAUCUUGCAGAGCAGGUGGCGGAGGUGGCGCGCCACUUCGCGCUCGCUGACGUCACGCUCAUGGGCGUCACCGCGGGCGCCUACGUCCUCACGCUCUUCGCUCCAUCGCACCCUAGACUGGUGCAAUACAUUUUCCUCGUGCCAUGUGUCCCUUUCCUCCCCUCAUCCUUCCGUCUUCCCACCGAUCCAACCACUGCCACCGCGCCCGCAGCUAUCCCACCGCCAUCUGGUGCGCGGGCUCAUUCUCGUGUCUCCUCUGCUCUCGCCGCCCUCGUGGUCCGAGUGGGCGCACAACAAGGUGACCAUGAGCGUGCUAUCCUAUUACGGCAUGACGUCAUACAUCAAGGACUCGCUCUUGGAUCGAUACUUCUGCCCAGUGCAGCGUGCACAGCCGUUUUCCCUCUCUCAUCCGCCAGCGCCUUUCCUCCGCCCUCCUGUCACCGCCCAUUUCCCUUUUCCUCCUGCAUCUUAUCCCUCGUUCCCACCAGGCGCAGGAACCUGCUGCCUGGGCUGGCGGCACUGCAGGUGCCAGUGCUGGUGGGUGUGGGUGACUCGUCCCCCUUCAACCCCCUGGCUCGCACCGCCUUCCACCACCUGCACUCCAAGCUACGCCCAGCAGGCAGCCACCCGUGGGACUGCUGUGAGCAUGCAGGGGAGGACGGGGAAGAGAGGAGUGGCUAUGGGAGGGAGUGGGCGGUGGGGCAUGUGGAGGAAGGAGCGAGUGUUAGAUGGGUUCCCACCUCCCCUCUCCCUCCUCCAUCCCGCCUCUCAUCUCCCCGUCCUCCUCCUCUCCCUCCACCUCCACCCCCUCUCAUACCACCCCCUCCCUCUGCACGCCCUUCUGGACCCCUGCGUGCACCCCAGCAGCUUUGUCGCCUGCCUUCACACCUGCGGCUGUGUCACCUUGGAGCAAGCUGGUUUCUGAGAAUUCUCAUAGAAGAGAAGGUGGGAGGAGGAGGCGGCGGCAUAGCGGAUGGCGUUUGA